UUGUCUUGUGCAAGCUUCGCUGCCUGGGUGGCUCCUGCUGCAGUCUGGUGAGUCUCCUCUCUCUCUCUUUCCUCCCUUUGGGGGAGAAGGGGGUCCCAGGGCUGCAGGCGAGGAUGCAGGGGGGCCGUGUUCAGAUCAUGCAUGCCCCCCAAGAUCAGCGAGUGGAGGGUCCUGCGCCCCCUCCUUGCUCUCUGCAAAGCCAAGGGGCGGGUGAUUUUGCAGGAGGUCUGCAACCCUGUUCUUCCUUUACAGCAAACUGGCGGCUAACAGAUUGAGGUUGAAUCCUGACAAGACAGAAGUACUGUUUUUGGGGGACAGGGGGCGGGCAGGUGUGGAGGACUCCCUGGUCCUGAAUGGGGUAACUGUGCCCCUGAAGGACCAGGUGUGCAGCCUGGGAGUCAUUCUGGACUCACAGCUGUCCAUGGAGGCACAGGUCAAUUCUGUGUUCAGGGCAGCUGUCUACCAGCUCCAUCAGGUACACAGGAUGAGACCCUCCCUGCCUGCAGACUGUCUCGCCAGAGUGGUGCAUGUUCUAGUUAUCUCCCGCUUGGACUACUGCAAUGCGCUCUACGUGGGGCUACCUUUGAAGGUGACCCAGAAAUUACAACUAAUCCAGAAUGCGGCGGCUAGACUGGUGACUGGGAGCGGCCGCCGAGACCACAUAACACUGGUCCUGAAAUAUCUACAUUAGCCCCCAGUAUGUUUCUGAGCACAGUUCAAAGUGUUGGUGCUGGCCUUUAAAGCCCUAAACGGCCUCGGUCCAGUAUAUCUGAAGGAGCAUCUCCACCCCCAUCGUUCUGCCCGGACACUGAGGUCCAGCUCCGAGAGUCUUCUGGUGGUUCCCUCACUGCAAGAAGCCAAGUUACAGGGAACCAGGCAAACGGCCUUCUUGGUAGUGGUGCCCGCCCUGUGGAACGCCGUCCCAUCAGAUGUCAAAAAGAGCAACAACUACCAGACUUUUAGAAGACAUCUGAAGGCAGCCCUGUUUAGGGAAGCUUUUAAUGUUUGAUGUAUUACAGUAUUUUAAUAUUUUUUUGGAAGCCGCCCAGAGUGGCUGGGGAAACCCAGCCAGAUAGGCGGGGUACAAAUAGAUUAUUAUUAUUAUUAUUAUUAUUAUUAUUAUUAUAGCAAACACUGCUCACCGCUUUGUGGAGAAACCAUCGCUUUCAUCCUCCCAGACUUGAGUUUGCUGCAAUAGCAGAGGCGUCUCCUGGGUGUCCAGAGCCCAGUCUAGUCCUGCGGAGUUUCAGUCAGUCAGGCUGCAGGAUGCGGACUAAGUGCUGGGAUCAGUCUGAGCCCCUCUUGGAGGAUGAGAAAGAGCAGGGAGGGGGGGCUGGCUGGGCCAGGGAGGGGUCAGUGCCUCCCUGCAGGAGUGGGUGCUCCCUUCCUGCUUGGAGGAGGCGGGGUGAAUCCGGAAUGUGUCCUUUUAUUGAAAAUGCAUCUCUGGGUUAUUUGUGGGGCUGAGGAAUUCGUUCAUUCCCCCCCCCAAAAAAAAUAGUCCAGCCCCCCUGCUGAAAAAGAUUGCUGAGCCCUGUAUUAGGCUUUAUCUUUUUCCCGUGUGUAGCAGAUUCACCCCGCCAACUGCCCCCCAUUAAAUAUAGCAGACCCACCUCAUGGUACGCCAAUUACACCCCUAGUCUCUCCCCCCCCCAUGCUCCUUCUCCCCACCUCAUCUGGUUCCACAGCCGCGACUUCUCCUCCGCCACCAAGAAAAGAUGGAUGAGGCGGUCUUGCCAGAAUCCCUCCGCCAUCUGUGAGACAGAAAGGUGAAUGAGAAGUCAGAGGUGGAGCUGUGCAUGGCGAACGAGAGAUGGGCCACAGAAAAAGCCUCACGUGCCGAGGGCAUUUGGACAUUGGCAGCCAUUUCUUAUUUUAGUUAUGUGAAAAUUGGUGCACCCUGCUUUGGGCUCUUGGAUCCCACCAGUGACCAUCAACUAAUAAAGGAGUGGAUUCACUCCACUAAAUGCCCCCCAUUAAAUAUACCAGACCCACCUCAUGGUAUGCAAAUUACACGAAUUUCUGCAAUUUCCCACAGGCUACCUUGUGAGGAUCUUGUGUGAGGGGAAACUUAGUGAUUUAGAGUCUUAGGAAAGAGCUGAACGAACAAGAACAGUUUUAUUUACAAAAAAAGUUUGUGAAACAAAUGUGGGUCAGGAGGUGUGUUCUCCUUAACUUCCUACUUAAACUAAAUCUAAGGAUGUCACUGUAGUACAUGCACAGCUUUUCUUAAACUUCAGUUGCUAAAAGCUCACUUGUUGCACUUCAGUUGGAAGUUCAGGUUUCUACCAUAGGAGGUAAAAGAAUUAACUCGGUUUCUGUUCAUUUACUUAGUUAUGACCAGGGUUACACUUAAAUACUUUUAAUACAGCGCAGCUUCCUUCUCAGCCUAAUACUUUGGUUCCUGAGCGAGGGGCAUUUUUUGUUUGUCCGCCUCUCUUAGCCAUCCCACUCCUGAGGGAUUUCCCACAGACCCAGGGGAUCCUCUCAGCCCUUGUUCUUGGUUUGGGGAUCUCCUUUUCCUAACAGAUCUCUCCCCUCCUGACUGGAAGGAGACCCUGGUUUAGUCCGUCUUCCCACAGCUCCUCCCUCUCCUGCCUCAGACUCAGCCCUCCAGAUUAAUUCCUGCCUCCAUAUUCUCCCCAGACCCUCUACUGGGUCAUCUUCCUGUCUAAGCUGUGAGACUCCUUCUUCUGGCUAGAGAGAUUCUCCCCAGAUCAGAGCCAGUUCUCCCUCAGAAAAGAGCCUCUCUGAAUAAUAAUAAUAAUAAUACCCCUCUCUGAUCAGGCCCUGCCCAACUCUCUCCCUCAGAAAGGGCUCCUCGGGUUUUCCCUCCAAAAGGGCUGGCAGCCAAUCAGAAAGAGAGAGAGGCUUCCGCCCUCUGCUGGAACCUCGGAGGCACUGCACCCCCACACUCUGCUCUGGCUCUGAGGGAAAAUACCUCAUGGGUUGAAGCAAAAGGAGAAAGCUAGGAAGAAGAAAGGAUACAGAUAAACUGACCGAGGCUUCUCUUGUCAUUUGUAUUUCACAAUUAGUUUACGAGAAUAUCUACAACAUAUGGUUCAUUAUUAGAGGUCAGCGCCUGAGAUUAAGGCAAAUGCUCAAAACUGCAGAUUCCAACACCCCCCCCCCCCCCCCCGGUUUCUGGAAGGUCUGUGUGUAACUUGAGGCUUUUUCCCAUGCUUGAGGCUUUAUGUUAUUAUUAUUUUUAUUAUUGUUUGUUGGUAUUUUUACUACUAUUACCACUGUUCCAUAGCAGAUUGCAACCAUUUUAAAAUGGUUUAGAUGCUGGCUUCUCCUUUUCCUUUUUUGAAAAAGAAAGUUCAGAGUCUGGGCUGUGUUGCAGUCCAGCCCUGGUUCCUAAUAAGAUUCUGGGAACUUUUUUCUUUUCCUGGCUGUGUAUCAAUUAGAUAACAAAACAGUGUAUUUGCUUUGUAGAAGUUGCAAACGCCUCUGCAAAUUCCCUAUGUUUCCUGCAAAUUUUGCAUGGUGAAUUCCCUUCUAGAAGGCCUAGAUCAGACACCCGCAAAUUCGGCCCUCCAGAUGUUUUGGCACUACAAUUCCCACCAUCCCUGACCACUGGUCCUGCUAGCUAGGGAUGAUGGGUUUUGUAGUCCCAAAACAUCUGGAGGGGAUGUCUGGCCUAGAUGUUGGCUUCAGAGUCUGGACUAUGUUUCAGUCCAGCCCUGGUUCCUAGCAAGAUUCACCCACAAUUUCUCAGGAAACCUUUUUAUUCUCUUGACCGUGUAUCUGUUUCAUAACAGAACAAUAUUUGCUUUGUAGGAUUUGCAAACGCCUCUACUUAGGACAGACGGAACUGGGCAGAAGAACAAGGGAUUCCUUCUGACCUCUUGGAAGCUUCCUGAGAGCCCAGAUGGAUGAAUCAGAGUCCGCUGGCCCUGAAGCAGGAAGAGGCCAUGCCAUCCAAACUGGGAGCAGUGGUGGAAUCUGGGGAAACUGUCUGCUGAAGAUCCAGGGUGAGGAGAACACCUUCAGCUCAGAAGUGCAGAGACAAAAUUUCAGGCCGUUCUGCUACCAGGAGGCCAAAGGACCUCGAGAGGUUUGCAGCCGACUCUACAACCUUGACCAUCAGUGGCUGAAGCCAGAAAGGCACACAAAAGCUGAGAUGCUGGAUCUUGUGAUCUUGGAGCAGUUCCUGGCUGUCCUUCCGCCAGAGAUGGAGAGCUGGGUGCGGGAAUGUGGAGCCCAGACCAGUUCCCAGGCGGUGGCCCUGGCCGAAGGAUUCCUCCUGAGUCAGGCAGAGGAGAGGAAGCAGGCAGAGCAGCAGGUGAGAGAGACUUUCCUCUGGAUAUUCCGAAGCGGCUCUGAACAUGAGAGAGAGUAUCCCAAAAUUCUCUCUUAAUCCCCCAAUCUUAUUUGGAAAGCCUCCAAGGAAUGAUAUCGGGUACCCCUAAAGCUUUUGCCUCUCCCAGUCCUUUUCUAAUGUUUCUCUCCAUUCUCUGCUUCCAAUCCCUUUUGCCCUUUUAGGGAAAGAUUAUCUUUGCAGAAACGGGCCUGGAUUCCUCUGAGGCAGAGAAGACUCCAUUGGACGCCAAAGAGAGACCACUGGGUAAGGAGGAAGGAGGGUUUUUUCCCAUUUGGUCACACAUUCUGUAGAUUUUGCUACUAAUAUGUGGGUUCCCCCCCCCCCCAACAUUUUGGGGAGGACGCUAGGGGCCAAGAGCCCAAAGUGGGGACAUGUAUUUUUACCUAGCUAAGAUACAAAUGUCAAAAUGCACUCAGUAGGUGAGACUUUUUUACAGGCCCACCUGUAGUUAGAGAUGCACUGCUUCACCUCUAAGAGGAGCAUGUGAAAAUGGCCUGCCACUUACCUUUGUCUCUCACAGGUGACAGAAUGAUGCUGGCAAGAGAUGCUUAUCCAUCUUUGCAUGAAGGCAGAGAUGCAGCAGCCAUGGAACCAGAUCAGGUAGGGAGAAUGAAGGAUUGUGGGGCAAAGAGGCUGUGAGAUGAGGCAGCCAGGCUUCUGUUGCUCUUGGCUUCUUUGAAAACUGCCUUUAAGCAUGGCUGUAAAGGCCAUUCCAAGAGGCUUUUGUGCUGAGAAUGACGAACAACCACCUCACCUUAACUAGCCUCCUGAAUGUUGCUAGUAUUAAUUAUCAGCAGCUUCAGUUUCAUUUUUAAGUUUAUCAUUUAAUGCUAAAAUAGGCUUCUAAGCAGUUGGCAAAUCAUAAAAUAACAGUGGCCAGGACUCAGCUCACCAGCCCCACCAGUUCCACUAAAUGGCUUUUCCUUCUCCUUCCCCUCCCUGUGACAUUGUGAAGGUUUCCCCCUCCAGAACAGUAGACAGGGAGAGCAAAGAGGGAAACAGAGGGUUUGAGCAGACAGAAUGAUCUGAAGAACAUCAUUUGGAGUUCCACCCAUUCCCCCAAAUAUGAAUACAGUGGUGCCCCGCAAGACGAAUGCCUCGCAAGACGGAAAACCCGCUAGAUGAAAGGGUUUUCCAUUUUUCGAUGUGCUUCGCAGGACGAAUUUCCCUAUGGGCUUGCUUCGCAAGACGAAAAUGUCUUGCGAGUCUUGAGAUAUUUUUUCGCUCCCCCCCCUUUUCUAAGCCGCUAAUAGCCUUUUAGCAGCUAAGCCGCUAAGCCGCUAAGCCUUUAAUAGCCGCUAAACUGCUAAUAGCGCUAAUCCGCUAAGCGGGUUGCUUCGCAAGAUGAAAAAACCGCUAGACGAAGACACUCGCGGAACGGAUUAAUUUCGUCUUGCGAGGCACCACUGUACCAGUAAUUAAAAUACACAAUAAAACAGUUUUGUUAAAAAGUUUAAAUAUGCAUCCAUAAUUAAAAUGUACAGUAAAACAAUUCCAUUAAAACAAAACAGUAAUGAACAGGCAGAAAACAACAGAGCAAUGUGUAGUAGAUAAUCUGUAUGUUGUCUAAGAAGGGGACCUUUCUCUUUUUAUUUUAGGGUCCGGUGUGCUUUGAAGAUGUAGCUGUUCAUUUUGCAGACGAGGAGUGGGCGUUGCUGGAUCCUGACCAGAGAGCUCUGCAUAAGGAAGUCAUGGAGGAGAAUUGUGGGAUUAUGGACUCUCUCGGUAAGGCUCCCUGUUGGGUCAUGAUACCUGUUUUGAAAUUCAAUGGGUAUCUCUGUGUCACUAACCUGCAAUGUUUUGAUGGAGCUAAACAAUAACACCACCAAGAGCAUCUGGGAUUCCGAUACCCCCACAGUGAACCGUGAAUAGAGUUAUUCUCCAGUUUUGCCUUUUUAAACCUGGUUGGUCUGAACUGCCUAGUCCUUUAGAAAUUCAGGCUUCAGAUAUCUUAUGGAAGUUGAAGUAGCUUCUUUCAGGUUUUUCUGUUUCUGCUUCUGUUAGUGUUUGGUUGACCAAAGUGAUGUCUAACAUUGGAUAUGGUGCAAACUCCAUUAUUGGGCCAGAAAAGAGCCAGGCUUUUCAAAUCUGUCUCAUGGACUGGCUGGAUGCAGGGCAAUGGUGGGAGGAAGCAGCAGGGGGAGUCUGUGGAAGAGAGAAGUCCAGAAGCAGAAGCUGAGGAAGAGAGUUAUGCUAGUGAAGAAGCCAGGGUGUCUCCCCCUCCUGCUGUGACAAGCUCCUCUCCCCACUCAUCUUCCUAAACCAGAAGAGGUAUGAAGGGGGAGGAGCAGAGACAAUUCCACCGGCGGAGUUUCAGAUCGCUUGGGAAGGAUCCAGGGAAAGAGGGGGCUUAGUCUGUUGUGGGAAGGCAGGGACCUUCAGUUCCCAUAACUGUCUGAUAGGGGCAAGGUCAGUUUCUGUCAGUUUCUGGUUGACCAAAGAAAUGACUGACGUUGGAAUCAUAGAAUCUUAGACUCUUAGAGGCAUAGGGGCAAGACCUACUGGAAAGUGUUGCUGUGUUUGUAAGGCCUGACACUACUGAGCAGGCUGCUUCUUCUCUUAAAGAGUUAACUUCACUUACUCCAUGUGAUUUAUUGCUAACGCGUUCCUGACACUCAGGUUCCCAUAAAUAUGUUCAUUAAUGGCUGUCAACAAAAGCAGUGAAGCCUGUUGUAAGACCUUACUUUUAAUUGCCUUCAGUUCUGCCUUCUUCCCAAGCCUUAAUUAGCAUUUUUCAAUAAUCGAGGGCUGUGUUUCUCCCUGAGGCUGUGAUCCGUUUCUCUAUUUGUUGCAGGUCGUGAUGAAUUGGAAAUUAAUAAUGAGGGAGACCAGCACAAUGUCUACACAAUAGAGAAGGGAAAUAAAUAUUCUGAGUGUGAAGGUAACUUCAGUCAAAGGUCCCAUUUCAUUUCCUCGAAAAGAAAUCCCUUUGGGAAGAAAUCCUAUCAGUGCUUGGAAUGUGAAAAGAGCUUUAGUCAUAGGGCUAAUCUCACAGCCCAUCAAAGAAUCCACACAGGGGAGAAACCAUAUCAGUGCUUGGAAUGUGGUAAGAACUUCGCUUGGAAGGAAAGUCUCACUUCUCAUCAAAGAAUUCAUACAAGGGAAAAACCCUAUCAAUGCAUGGAAUGUGGAAAGAGCUUCACCUGGAAGGAAACUCUAACUUCACACCAAAGAAUUCAUACAGGGGAGAAACCAUAUCAGUGCUUGGAAUGUGGAAAGAGCUUCAGUCGUAACUCCCAACUCAUUUCCCAUCAAAGAACACACAGUGGAGAGAAACCGUAUCACUGCCUGGAAUGUGGGAAGAGCUUUAGUCAGUGUGCCAUUCUUAGGGUGCAUCAAAGAAUUCAUACGGGAGAGAAGCCAUUUCAGUGUUUGGAAUGUGGAAAGAGCUUCACCCAGAAGUUAAAUCUCAGUUUCCAUCAAAGAAUUCAUACAGGGGAGAAACCAUUUCAGUGCUUGGAAUGUGGAAAGACCUUCAGUCGGAACUCCCAUCUCAAUUCCCAUAAAAGAACUCAUAGCGAAGAGAAACCAUAUCAGUGCAUGGAAUGUGGAAAGAGCUUCACCUGGAAGGAAAGUCUCACUUCCCAUGAAAGAAUUCAUACAGGGGAGAAACCAUAUAAGUGCUUGGAAUGUAGAAAGAGCUUCACCCAGAAGGAAAGUCUUGCAGCCCAUCAAAGAAUUCAUACAAUUGAGAAUCCAUAUCAGUGCACUGAAUGUGGAAAGAGCUUCAGUCAGAGUUCCAACCUCAUGUCCCAUCAAAGAAUUCAUACAGGGGAGAAGCCUUAUCAGUGCUUGGAAUGUGGAAAGACCUUCAGUCGGAACUCCCAUCUCAAUUCCCAUAAAAGAACUCAUAGCGAAGAGAAACCAUAUCAGUGCAUGGAAUGUGGAAAGAGCUUCACCCAGAAGGAAAGUCUCACUUCCCAUGAAAAAAUUCAUACAGGGGAGAAACCAUAUAAGUGCACUGAAUGUGGAAAGAGCUUCAGUCAGAGUUCCAACCUCAUGUCCCAUCAAAGAAUUCAUACAGGGGAGAAGCCUUAUCAGUGCUUGGAAUGUGAAAAGAACUUCAGUCAGAACACCCAUCUCACAGCUCAUCAAAGAAUUCAUACAGGUGAGAAACCAUAUCAGUGCUUGGAAUGUGGAAAGAGCUUCAAUCAGAGGUCCAAUCUCACGGUGCAUGAAAGAAUUCAUACAGGGGAGAAACCAUAUCACUGCUUGCAAUGUGGGAAGAGCUUCAGUCAGCGAGUCAAUCUCACUUCACAUCAAAGAAUGCAUACCAGGACAAUCAUAGAAACGUAGAAUUCUGUAGUUGGAAGGGGCUCCAAGGGCCAUCUAUCCCAACCUCCUGCAAUGCUGUAAUUUAAACUGAAGCAUGCAAGACAGAUAGCCAUCCAACCUCCGCUUAAAAACCUGCAAAGAAGGAGAAUCCACCGUCUUCCAAGGAGUCGGUUCCACUGUCAAACACCUCCUACUCUCAGAAGGUUCUACCUGACGUUUACUCAGAACCUCAUUUUUUUGUAACUUGAAGCCAUUGAUUAGGGCCCUACCCUUCAGAGCAGGAGAAUAUGAGCUUGCCCCACCUUCAAUGUGGCAGCCGUUUCAAUAUUUCAAGAUAGCUAUCAGACUUUCUCUCAAUCUCCUCUUUUCCAGGCUUAACAUAUUGAAUCCAGCUAUUCCUCAUAAGACUUUGUUUUUCUGAGCCUUGAUCAUCAUGGUCACCCUCCUCUGCACAUGCUACAGCUUGUCAAUAUUCUUCUUAACUUGUGGUGCCCAAAACUGGACAUAGAAUUCUAGGUGGAGUCUGACCAAGUUAGAUUCGAGCAUGACUUCCUUCUAUCCAGGCACUAUACUUCUGUUGAUGCAGCCCAGAAUAGCAUUUUCUUUUCUUUUUUGUUUGCUGGUGCUGCAUCUCACUGCUGAAUAAGGGAACUGAGAGUGGAAGAAUAAAAAGCCUUGGAGUGGCACAUGGGUAUUCUAUCCAUGGGAAACACCACUGCAUCAGCUGGAGGACUUCUCUAGCACCCGGAUCCCCAGUUCUCAGGAAGGGGAUCAGCAACAUGGAGAAGGACCACGGAGUGGUCAAGACCACAGCUAGAGACCCUGCCGUGGAAGAGAACAUACAAGUUGUCUCAGCAGUGGCCUGGAGUUACCAACGGAUUUGGCUCGCUAUUUGGUGACUUGAGGUCCCACCCCCUGAAUGCCACACCUGGGCAGGUCAAGGGCCAGUGACUCCUCAUUGCUUUUCCCCUAUCACUUUCCACUUUAGCUAUGUCACACAUCCAUCGCUUUAUACAAGUUAUAUAAUAAGUUUAAAGUCUGAAGUUAAUUCGUUAAAAGUUAUGAAAAUCUAAUGAAAUUUUUAGGGAAGAAAGAAAGAAAGAAAGAAAGAAAGAAAGAAAGAAAGAAAGGUGUCUGAUCAUGGCUCUUUCAGACCUUGCCUACUGUGCAAAGCUAACAUUUACAUUCAUUGCUCCACCUACUUUUAUCUCUGGUCCUGCCCAUCACUCACAUGUGGCCCCUGGAAGGUUCCUCAGAAGGGAAUGUGGCUCUUGGGCUGAGAAAGGAAUGGAAGAGAAAAGGCUAGGCAGGCUGGCUAGCUGUCUGGCCGUUAACCCCCUACUGCCAAUGAAGACUGAAUCAGAAUGCUGGUCCAUGCAUCCCAAUGGAGUCUGCUAUGGCAGGAAGCAGCUCUCCAGGGUCUUGGGCAAAGAGAGGUCUACCCCAGCACUGUCCCAUGAUGCUCUUCACUGGAGGCGCAGGGGGACCUACCAUCGGGAGAAGCAGAAAGCGAGCUUGCUCCAUCUUCCAUGCAACAACCCUUUAAGGUGAGUCUCAUAUCACCUCUCAGCUUUCUCUUCUCCAGGCCAAACCUCCUCAGCUCCUUCAACUGUUCCUCACAAGGGUCUGAACUGGCAGUGACUUGCCAGAAAUGAGAGCACAACAUAAGAACCUAGAGGGAGCCUGCUGGAUCAGGCCAGUGGCCCAUGUAGACCAGCAUCAUGUCCUCGCAGUGUCCAACCAGAUGUCCAUAAUGGGAAACCCGCAAGCGGAACACAAGCGCACCCUUCCCUCCUGUGGUUUCCAGCAAAUGGUAUUCAGAAGCAUCAUUGCCACUGACUGUUUGACGCCAGGAAAGUCCUCCUUCACACAGCACAGAGUUAAACCAUGGAACUGUCUUGCCCAG